UUUUGGGUAGUCCCUGAUUGGUUGUUCUGCUGUCACCUGUCAACAGUGUCAACUCCCUUGUUAUGUCAGUCAGUUGUGUACUUUUUGUUGAGGGUUUUAAUAUAAUUUGAUUAGAUUAAAUGGAGGAAUUAAAUAAAUAAUGUGAAAAAAGUGCAUCAAAAUGAGUGUGUUUAACGAUUUCCAACAAGUGUGGUUGCAAAGAUUUCCCGACAAUCCACUACCAGGAGCUUGGGAAGAGCAUGUCAAAUUAAAUUUGGCCAAACAUAAACAGAAAGUGUCGAUGUUCAAGGAAGAAGUCCGGAAGGAGGAAAUUUAUGUGGAAUACUUAGAAAGGCUACUUCUUGAUAUUCAAAAACACAAGAAGAAUGAAUCUUCGGAAGAUUGUGAACAAUCGAAAAGUGAGACUGCUGGUGAUGUCAUUGCUGAUAACGUAUCAAAUACCACCACACCAGUUGCCACUGGGAUGAAUUUAGAGGAAUUUGAAACAAUUUCUGCAAACAUGUGUGUUACAGAAAUAUCAAAUGAACUGUCCAAACUUAAUUGUGAACAAACUGAUGAGUCUGAUGUGUCUCUUCCUGACCCUAGUUCUUUUGUAACAGUAAUUGAAGUAAAUGGUUUAAAGUCUACAGCAACCACUCAAACCCAAACACCACCAAAGAUUCCAGCUAAACCUGACAUUUAUAGAAAUAGCAGCUUUCAAAGAAAACUAGAGCAUCGUGACUCAAUAGGAUCAUCAUCUGAGCGUGUGUCUACACCUGAUGAACCAUAUUAUGAUAUUGUAGCUACUGAAGAACAAGAUUUUAAUUUACUUGAAAGUGACAACUCUAGUGCAGAAAAUACUUUAAGCUCUGGGGCUUCAUUUCUGACAAAACAUGAUAAAGGUUCACAGUCACCAAGUGCUUCAAAUUACGUUAAUAUUGAAUAUUUUAUAAAGUCAAGUCAUCAGAACGAUAAUGGUCAUAGCAGUAGUGAUGAAGAAGUCACAGAAAUACGUCAUCGCGGAAGCAAUGGCUCAUAUGCAAGCUCAAGUUCUUUAGAAUCGUCAACUCCGUUUAGUAAACGGAAAUUUCAACCUGAGGCUGAUAAUGACACUGGAAAUGAAAAUUCCAUGUAUAAGUGCAUAUUAUUGAAUAUAAUAGGAAGUGAGACAGAUUAUGUAGAAUGGCUUGGUGUUUUAAUAAAAUAUAUGAAAGCCAUCCAAGCUACCUUAAGUACUUCACAACGAAUUGCUACUGAGACUGAACUGAACACUAUAUUUUAUAAGAUUCCAGAAUUAUACACUUUGCAUUCAAAUUUUUUAGAAGACUUAAAAAGUCAUACUGAAAAAUGCGACAACAAGAUUGGCGAAUGCUUCAAAACUUUGGCUUUAAAUUUAGAACUAUAUGGUGCAUUUUUAAGCAAUUAUGGCCGCGCUUUGGAUACCGUACGAAAGUGUUGUGAAUCUAAUAUUCAAUUUAGCAACAUCACCAAAAAUAUUACUUGUAAGCACUUAUCCAAACAACCCGUAAAUUUAGAAGAUAUUCUGCAUAAACCCGUCGCUAGAGUCCAAAAGAACGCCUUAGUAUUACACGAUUUGUUAAAUUGCUUACAAGCGACUCAUCCUGAUUACAACAGUCUUUCUGAGGCUCUACAGCUGACCCAGAAUUUUCUCGAUCAGUUUAACAUGAUUCAAACAAAAUCCAUGUUUCCUGUAAGUUUUGCAAUGGGAAGUCUUUGUUUUAUUUACUUUAUUUUUCAGGCUACUGAUAGAGCUCAAAGACGGCUUGUUAAAAAUUCAUUCAUCGUUGAAUUCGCUGAUGGCCAUCGGAAACUUAGGCACUUGUUCUUAUUUAAUGACGUCAUCGCGUGCGCGAAGUAUAAGCCAUCUGGGCGGACUGAAAAAUACACAUUUGAAUUAAAAUGGUUCAUUCCAGUAGAAGACAUUAUCAUUUUCCAAGAAAGCAGUCCUCAACAUCACUAUGAAAGCUCCAUACCAAAUAUAGUAAGUCUUAAGUCGCAAGCAUCAAAUGUCAGAGAUCAACUUAGACAGGAAGAAAAAGCCCUAGAAGACAAAAAAAUAAGAAGUAGCAGAGGUUCUGACAAGUUUAAAAAACGCCUAGUAGAACUAGAAAGUCAGUUGGUAUUGGUCUCCCCCAAUUUACCAUUUCGAAUAAAAAAUCGCCCAACUGCUCGCUUAUACACAUUUUUUUUAUCGUCGGAGUUUGAACGCACGCAAUGGAUCGAAGCUAUCUUAACCCUACAAAGAACGGGUAAACCUCCAACACCGUCGUCCAAUUUUAGCAUGCUAGAACUACAGACGUGGAUCACGGCUUGUCGAGCUUUUUUGAAAACGAACAUGGGCUCGUAUCUCCUCAGGAGUGGUCAAGACGAAAGAUUGCUCGUUGGAGAUCUACAUCUUCACAUUUUUGAAUUAAGCGGCUUGGAAUACAGUUGCGAAGCUUACGUUGUUUUCGAAGUCGAUUUCUACGGGCAUUUCUUUCAAAAAGCUAAAACCAAAACCGUCACCAGUUCAAAUGUUUUCACGUGGGGAGAAAAGUUUGUUAUUGAUCUUGAAGGAUGUGAAAAUCUUCGCGUGCUGGUUUAUCGUACUAACCAUUCAAAUCAGUCGAACGAUACUUUGAUAGGAAAAUAUACUCAGAAACUGAGUAGAAGUUGGCUGCGUCGGGAAGCCGUAGAGAAGAAGUUUAAUAUAAAUGGGGCAACGUUGCGGCUUAGUCUCACUUUCGUUCCGUGCAUUGUAAGUCUUCGACGACUACCGACAGGUAAAAACGGAGCCCUGUUUGGAGAAAAAAUCCAGAAUGUUUGCAGGCGUCAGAAGAGAGACAUUCCAUUUAUAAUCACUGCAUGCAUUAGGGAAGUUGAGAGGCGAGGAAUGUCAGAAGUUGGGGUUUAUCGGGUCUCGGGAUCCGCUUCUGAUAUAUCCAAACUAAAGAAGUCCUUUGAAACAAAUUCUUACGAGGCUGAGCAGCUACUGAAGGAAGUCGAUAUUCACUCCGUGACGGGAAUUUUAAAACUAUAUUUAAGAGAAUUACCAGAAGCGCUUUUUACCGAUCAAUUGUAUCCAUCUCUUUCAGAAGCUUUUAAUUCCAGCAAUGGAAACUUUACCCGUCGAAUAGAACUGCUGAAAGAGUGUUUUUCCAAACUGCCGGAACUAAAUCAAAGAAUAAUUAAAUUUAUAUUGGAGCAUUUAAUCAGGGUGCAUAAACACGAAGACGACAACAAAAUGUCUCUGCACAAUUUGGCAACAGUUUUUGGACCUACUUUGCUAAGGCCAGGAACCAAACUGAAUCAAAAUAGGCCUAAAGAUACCCUUUCAGCUGAAACCGUCGAUGUAAUGGCACAAGCGGGGAUUUUGUAUUGUUACCUGCAAGAUAUGAAUUCUACGAACAAAAAUUGUUGAUUGGGAUUUGCAUCAAAAUAUGUAUAACUACCUAUAGUUGCGCAGUUCAGUUGUAUAUAGUAUAUUUAUAAUAUGUAGCAGUAUUCUACCUUGUAUUGUGUGAUUUACAGUCACUUGACUUAUGUGAAAAGUAUUUUUGUAUAGUGGCUUUCAGAUUGAAUUUUUGUAUCCUAUUGUAUAAGCUUUUGUAAAGCAAUUUGGCAAAGCUUUCUUGUACCUUUUUACAAAUGAACAUAAUAUAAUUAUGAUAUGACA